AUGAAACCCAGGAUUCAGCAUCGUUGGGAUCGACCCUUCAAGGAGGAAGCCUCCUUUGGCUUACCUCGAGACUGGAAGCGUGAGGACAGGAAUCUUCCGGACGAGGAUGAAGUGGAACUGCCCCGCGCUCUGAACAUCCGGCGGCUUACGGCUCAAAGCCUCGAAGAAGUGGCAAAGGCCUCCGUACUCGUCGUUGCAAUGCGCUAUCCUUGGUGCACGGCUUGCGAGGAGAAGGACAAG